CAAACAGUCAUUUUUCCUUCAGAGCCACUCAAACUAUGGAUAGGGAUAGUAUAGAGAUGGACAAAGAACGUCUGACGGCGGAAAUGGCGUUCAAAGACUCGUCCUCCGCUGUCAUCAGGAUCCGUAAAAGGUUGCCUGAUUUCUUGCAAUCUGUGAAGCUUAAAUACGUUAAAUUGGGUUACGGUUAUUCAUGUAACCCGGUCACCGUUCUCAUAUUUGCUCUUAUCCUACCUUUGUUCAUUAUCGCUUUAGUUCAGUUCACCGGUCUGAAACCGGACAGAGUUUCCCAGUUAUGGACCAACCAAGCCCUUAGGCUUGAGAGCAUUGAUGCUGCUACGAGACUAUCUGGUUUGUUAAUCUUAUUCUUCCUCUUCGGUCUCUACUAUGCAAAGCGAUCCAGGCCGGUUUAUCUCCUCGACUUUGCUUGCUACAAGCCUGAAGAUGAUCGUAAAAUGUCGGUCGACUCGUUCUUGAAUAUGACUGAAGAGAGCGGCGCUUUCAUGGAGGACACGCUUCAGUUUCAGAGAAGGAUAUCGACUCGGUCCGGACUAGGCGACGAGACGUAUUUCCCGAGAGGGAUAACGUCUAAGCCACCGAAUCUGUGCAUGGAAGAGGCUCGAGCUGAAGCUGAAGCUGUCAUGUUCGGAUCAGUCGACCAACUUUUCUCGAAAACCGGAGUUAACCCGAGGGAUAUCGGCAUUCUUAUUGUGAAUUGCAGCUUGUUUAAUCCGACACCGUCGCUCUCGGCCAUGAUUGUCAACCAUUACAAGCUACGUACAGAUAUCAACAGCUACAACCUCGGGGGAAUGGGUUGCAGUGCCGGCCUUAUAUCGAUCGAUCUCGCAAAACACCUCCUUCAAUCCAACCCAAACACGUAUGCCUUAGUGGUGAGCACCGAAAACAUUACUCUCAAUUGGUAUUUUGGGAAUGAAAGAUCCAUGUUGCUAUGCAAUUGCAUAUUCCGCAUGGGUGGAGUCGCGGUCCUGUUGUCGAACAAGCCACGAGAUAAGGCUUGUUCCAAGUACCAGCUUGUUCAUGUGGUUCGAACCCAUAAAGGAGCCGACGACAGACAUUACAACUGCGUGUACCAAAGAGAGGACGACAAAGGAAAGAUCGGAGUUUCAUUGGCUCGUGAGUUGAUGGCCGUGGCCGGUGACGCUUUGAAAACCAAUAUCACCACGUUGGGUCCCCUCGUUUUACCAUUCACGGAGCAGUUCAUGUUCUUCAUCACGCUCGUCCGGAGGAAGCUUUUGAAAGCCAAAGUGAGUCCUUAUAUACCCGAUUUCAAGCUCGCUUUCGAGCAUUUCUGUAUCCACGCCGGCGGAAGGGCGGUGCUGGAUGAAUUACAGAAGAACUUGCAGUUAUCGGAUUGGCACAUGGAACCCUCGAGAAUGACUCUACAUAGAUUCGGAAACACUUCGAGUAGCUCAUUAUGGUAUGAAUUGGCUUACACGGAGGCCAAGGGACGGGUAUCGGGCGGUGACCGGGUGUGGCAGAUUGCAUUCGGGUCGGGUUUCAAGUGUAACAGUGCUGUUUGGAGAGCUCUUAGGUCCACUCCCGUGAAUGAGUCAAGAGGAAAUCCUUGGAAGAAUGAAAUUGAUAAAUAUCCGGUCAAAAUAUCUCUCGCUUGAGAAUGCUGACCUGGCCCGGAUCUGUAGGCUGUUUGCCAUAGGCGGUGGGGUUCCUACACAUCUAUAUUAUUAAUUGAAUUUUUUUUAAUUUUCUUCACUUUUAAUAAAAACUAUUUUCUGGUAAA